UUUUCGGUUAAUUUCGCUCCGAUGACGUCUGACGUUCUUGAAGAUAAACAAUCAUGGCGGACAGCGAAGCUAGCUGUGCUGUCUAUGUUGCUAUUAGUAAUAUACCGGCUAUCUUCCGCUCAGCCGACCUUAGAAAUUACUUCAGUCAGUUCAUUGAAAGUGACGGUUUUCAAUGUUUCCACUACCGACAUCGACCGGAGGUCCUCAGGGAGCCUGCGGGGCUAGAAGCCACCGUGUGUGGAGACGGAGAGGACGGCGGCUCCAAAUCCACCGACCCCGAAGAGUCAACAGUGAGCGGCUCCUUGUCGAAGCAGGCGGUGAGGUCGUGCUGCUGUAUCGUGUCAGUUCACGCAAAAGACGCCGACAGGUUCAUCAAAAUGUAUGCGGGGAAUCAUUGGAUCGACUCGAAAGGAAACUGGCUGGCCAGACGCUGCGUUAUCAGGAGGAUAAAGGUUUCACAAGACGAGGAUGAAAGUUCUUUUCCCUAUAAAACUAAAUAUGAGCAGCGGCACCGCGUUUCCUUAACAGAGCGUUUCACAGAGGCUGACCUCAAAAGCUUACCGGAACUGAAUCCACCUAUUUUGAUGCAGAAGGGGAAUGUGGGCACAUCGGUGAAGGUCUUCCUACAGCUCAUCCAAUCCUGCCGCCUGCCUCCACGCCUCAUUCGAAAGUUGGGGCUAACUUUUCCAAAAACCAGCUCCAACCGUCGUUAUGGAAACGUCCCCUUCCAGUACCGCAACACAUGGACCCUGGCACCCACAGAAGAGACUGUGUUAACAGCUGCAGGGCAUGAGAUAUCAGGACCUGGCAUAUUUGUAGCACCACCCUCGAGGUCAAGGCAGCAGGCUGAUCACACAGAAACAGCAGAAGCUGAUGAGACGCAGAAAAAAGAGGAAGAGGAGGAUGCACAGUCAGAUGCUGAUGAUGAUGACGACCGCUGUGAGGAGUGGGAACGCCACGAAGCUUUGCAUGAUGAUGUAACGAGCCAGGAGCGAAGUAAAGAGAGACUGUACGAAGAGGAGAUUGAACUAAAGUGGGAAAAAGGAGGUUCAGGUCUGGUUUUCUACACCGAUGCUCAACUCUGGCAGGAAGAAGAAGGAGAUUUUGAUGAACAAACGGCGGAUGACUGGGAUGUUGACAUGAGUGUUUACUACGAUAAAGAUGGAGGCGACAUGGAUGCCCGAGAUUAUGUCCGAAUGCGAUAUGAAACGAGGUUGAGGGAAGGUGUUGAAGAUGGAUCAGGAUACAAUCAGUCUAUUGGUAGCUUUGAAAAAUUCACCAAGGGUUUUGGCCGGCGUUUGAUGGAGAAGCAGGGCUGGAGGGAUGGUGAAGGACUGGGAAACAGCCAGGUUGGGAUUUCUGAGGCACUUGAGAGUGAGGGUCAACAUCCCCGCUGCAAAAGAGGGUUUGGCCUUGUCCCCAUCACUCAAAAAGCCAUGUCCACUCAGACGGGGGCAAAGCCCUCUGUUCGCUUCGGCCAGGUGGUUAUCGGACCUCCAGGUUCAGGUAAAACCACUUACUGCCGAGGCAUGCAGGAGUUCCUGACCAGCCUGGGGCGCAAGGUGGUGGUGGUGAAUAUGGACCCGGCCAACGAAGGAAUACCGUAUCCGUGUGCGGUGGACAUCUCGGAGCUGGUCACUCUGGACGAUGUCAUGGACGGUUUAAAGCUGGGGCCCAACGGCGGGCUUCUCUACUGCAUGGAGUAUGCGGAAGCAAACCUGGACUGGUUGGAGAAGAAGCUGAAAAAAUACAGCGACUGUUACUUCUUGUUUGACUGUCCAGGCCAGGUUGAGCUCUACACCCACCAGAGUUCAGUAAAGAGCAUUUUCUCCCAGCUGGCCAAGUGGAAUUUCAGGCUGACAGCUGUGCACCUGGUGGACUCUCACUACUGCGCUGACCCCGCCAAGUUCAUCUCUGUGCUGUGCACCUCUCUGUCCACCAUGCUGCACGUGGAGCUUCCCCACGUCAACAUCCUCUCCAAGAUGGACUUGAUCGAGCAGUACGGCAAACUGGCCUUCAACCUAGACUUCUACACCGAAGUCAUGGACCUGACCUAUCUUCUGGAUCACUUGGCAGCAGACCCCUUCUUUAAAAAAUUCCACAGUUUAAAUGAAAAGUUGGCCGAAGUUAUACAAGAUUACGGCCUGGUGUCUUUUGUUCCUCUUAACGUACAGGACAAAGAGAGCAUGAUUCAGGUCUUACGAGCAGUGGACAAGGCCAACGGCUAUUGCUUUGGAGACCUGGAGGAGAGGAAUCUGCAGGCCCUGAUGUCAGCAGCUGUGGGGGCAGACUUCCAGUUCAGCUCGUAUCCUUUCCUGAUCACUGUGGUGACUCACUGUGACUCAUCUGGUUUAAGAUCAGACGAGAAGGCACUUUGA